AUGAAGCUAUGCUUUGUGACUGUCGGGGCCACGGCUUCCUUUCAGAAACUACUUGAGCAAGUACUUAGUUCACAAUUCCUGGAGACUUUAGCCAAACGUGGCUACACCCAUCUUCUUAUCCAGUACGGUAAAGACGGCCAGCAAGUCUUCCAAAACUUCAUCGACAGUAACCAGCCCCACCACGGUCUCACCCUUGGGGGAUUCGACUUCCAGCCGAGCAUCGAUGCCCAAAUGAUGAUGACCGUGGAAAGAGAGACUCUUGGCCAAGAGCGUGGUUUGAUCAUUUGUCAUGCCGGAAGCGGGACUGUUCUUGCAGGACUUCGCCUGGGUGUGCCCUUGAUUGUGGUCCCCAAUCCAGAUCUUGCCGAUAAUCACCAGCAGGAACUGGCCGAUGAGCUAGAGAAAGGGAACUACGUGAUUAGUAGUACGGUCGAGGAUGUGGGCAAUGCAAUUAGCAGAGCAGAGACCCAGAAAGCCCAGGUAUUACCUAUGAGAUCUGGAAAUACAACACUUGCGGAAAGUAUGUCUGACGAGUUGAGCUUUUUGGACUAA